ACUCCAGUUGUGACCCUAGCUAACCAGCAGCGGGAAAAUACAAGCAGGAGAGGAGAGGAGACGGUUAACUAACUGGUAAGAAACUAGCAACCCUAAUUGCCGAUUGCUUAAAUACACAAUUGCAGUUGCAGAGAGUUAGCCGUUGGAACUAGCAAGCAAGCACCACCAAACUGCAAAUGGCGAGCGGGAAAGCGAAGAACCCUUCAAAGCUGUCUCUCAGAAACCCUAAGAAUAAGGGUAAGCCGCUUGGCCCCAACAACACCAAGAGGAAGAAGGAGAAGAAGAAGAAGCAACGGGUCAACAAUCAAAACCCAGUCGAAGACAAAGCUAGCAAUCAAAACACCCAAAACAGCAACAACAACAACAGUUUGAGCAAUGCUACGAAGGCACAACCGGCAUCGGCUUCAGCCCAGCUCAGCUUCUUUCUGGAUCAAUUUCAAUCUGGCAAUGGCGUUAAGAUUUCUUCUCUCGAGUUGGAGUCCGUCAAUGACAAGUGUAUUCUGGAUCUGUCUGAAAGCUUGGAUCAAGAUGUCAGCCUCUUGGGGAAACAUGUGAUGGCAGCUUUUGGUCCAUCGUGGAAAGAAGAACUUUGUGAAAAGCAUCUCUUGGAUGGAAAAAUUGAUCCUGGGAGUCCGGCAAUUCUUAUUAUUAGUACAUCUGCCCUGAGGUCAAUAGAACUUCUAAGGGGCUUGCGGUCGUUGACUAAAGAAUGCCAUGCAGCAAAGCUGUUCUCUAAGCAUAUGAAGGUUGAAGAACAGGUAUCCUUGUUAAAGAACCGCGUUAAUAUCGCUAGUGGUACGCCAAACAGGAUAAAGAAGCUAAUUGACAUUGAGGCAUUGGGGCUGUCUCGUUUAUCAGUGAUUGUACUUGACACGCACCCAGAUGUCAAGGGGUAUUCCCUCUUUACACUUCCACAAGUCAGAGAUGAAUUCUGGGACUUAUAUAAGAGCUAUUUUCAUGAUCGUCUACUCCAAGGUUCCUUGCGUCUUGGUUUGUACGGUCCUUUAUCAUCUGGGAAUGAGCUUAAAGGGAAAAAGAGGAGCCCUAUUGAAUAAUGAUUCAUUUUUCGUACAAAUUUUGAGCUGAGUAUGUCAUGUAUCCUUCUAGCUUUUGUAUCCAGCUGAUAAGAUAAUGGCGUUUUAUGUCCACAUUUUCUAGUUCUUCAAUCAACGCGAGUAUGUAAGAUGUACUAAUAUCACUAUCUUUGAGAGUCGAAAUACCAUAUUAAGGUAUGAUUUUUUUGGGGGCGAAGACUACAACACACCAUAAGCUCCUGAACCAAAACGAUUGUGCAAUAUGUGAUAGAGAUUUCUCUCUUGUUCUUUUAAAA